AUGGCGGCCGGGCCUGCCGAGAAGAUGGCACCCCAAAGAGGGCCAAAAGAAAGGCCCGGGCAACGCAGACAAUGCGGCGAACCAAGCCACCCAAAGCCCGCCGGGGCAGCACCGGCCGCAAGCAAGCCGAGCCGCCCAAGACUCAAUAAAGCCGCAAACGCGGCGCAAACCGUGCCGCCACGACAAGCGGCGGCCGACGAUGUGAAGGCCCCCGGACAAGGAGACGGGCGCAGGGACUCGCCGCCGCUAAGCCGCCGCUCUCCUCGCCAAAGGCCGAUCCUCCGUCGUCGCCCCCUCCACGGAUCGCUGGGAGCCUCAGUGCCAAAGCACUACCAGAACAUCCUGGCCUUGGUGUUUGCUGUAAAAGAGGUCAAUGAAAAUCCCAACAUUUUACCAAAUAUAACUUUGGGUUUCUAUAUCCUCAGUAGUUACUACCUUGCAAAGAUCACCUAUAAGGCCACCCUGAGCUUGCUUUCCACACACAAUAUGUUCAUCCCCAACUUCAAGUGUGAUACCCAGAGAAAAGUGAUAUCUGUCAUUGGAUCACGCCUCACCGAAACCUAUGCCAGUAUGGCCACCAUCUUAACUAACUACAAGAUUCCUCAGCACUUUAAAUGGACAUGGAUAGGCCUCUUUGCUGUGGAUGAUGACAACGGGGACAAGUUUUUGCAGACAGUGAUGCCCCUCCUUUCCCAGAAUAGAAUCUGCUACGACUUCACUCUAAGAACCCCCAAACGCACCGAUACCGAUGAUUUGGUAGAACAGCUUUUAAACCUGCUGGAAAAAUAUCCCAUUCUUGUAAACAUUCACUCCGGUCAGCCACCAGGAUUCCAAGAAUUCCUUCAGAUCAUAAAACCUUCCUGGGCAAAAGGAGAUGGCUUUAUCAAGGAAUUUUGGGAACAGGCAUUUGACUGUUCUUUAACAUUUUCUGUUGAACACGAGGAGAGCAAGAAACCCUGCACUGGAGAAGAGAAGCUGGAGGGUCUUCCUGGGACGCUGUUUGAAGUGGUGCCCCGUUCAGUGUGCAAUGACCCCUGCCAAGCUGGCUAUAGCAAGGAAAAGAAGGAAGGAAAGAAAUUUUGCUGCUAUAAUUGUGCCCCUUGCCCAGAAGGAAUGAUCUCAGGCCAGAAGGGUCAGUACAUGGAUGCCUGUGUCAAAUGUUCAGAAGACAGAUACCCAAACAAGGAACAAAAUGAAUGCAUUCACAGGAUUAUAAGUUUCCUCUCUUACACAGAACAUUUGGGCAUCAUCUUAGCAGUAAUGGCUCUUUCUUUCUCUCUGAGCACUACCUUGAUCCUUGCAACAUUUGUGAAGCAUCAGGACACCCCCAUAGUCAAAGCCAACAACCGGAACCUCUCCUACAUUCUCCUCAUCUCCCUCUUGCUUUGCUUCCUCUGCUCCUUGCUCUUCAUUGGGCAGCCCAGAAAAGUGACCUGCCUUCUCCGACAAACAGCUUUUGGGAUCAUCUUCUCUGUUGCCCUUUCCAGUGUGUUGGCCAAAACCAUCACUGUGGUUCUGGCAUUCAUGGCCAGCAAGCCAGGAUCCAGGGCAAGGAAAUGGGUGGGGAAAAGAAUGGCAAAUUCUCUAGUUCUUUCCUGCACCUUUGCUCAAUCAAGUCUUUGUACGCUUUGGUUAAGUACUUCCCCUCCAUUCCCAGACGCAGACAUGUACUCAUUGAAUGGGAUAAUCAUAUUGGAAUGUAAUGAGGGCUCAACAGCCAUGUUUUACUGUGUCCUGGGCUUUAUGGGCUUCUUGGCCAUUAUCAGCUUCACAGUGGCUUUUCUUGCCCGGAAGUUGCCUGAUACAUUCAAUGAAGCCAAGUUUAUCACUUUCAGCAUGUUGGUCUUUUGCAGUGUAUGGCUGUGCUUUGUCCCUACCUACCUAAGCACCAAGGGAAAAUACAUGGUGGCUGUGGAGAUAUUCUCUAUCUUGGCCUUCAGUGCUGGUUUACUGGGUUGCAUUUUUUUCCCUAAAUGUUACAUUAUAGUACUAAGACCUAAAAUGAACAAUAGGGAGCAAAUGAUAAGAAAAAAGAACUAA